CGAGAUGCUAGUUGGGGACGUAAGUACAAAGCUCAAUAAGUGCACUGAAUAGGUGAAUGUACAUUAAGUUGGAAAAAACAUCAAACAUCACUAUUUUAGCUCCAUAUGGCCAUAGAGUAAUCAGUUGUUUGUAUUGCAGAAUUGAUCACGUGUGUAGGGAAUAUAAAUAUUUCACGAUAUACUCAAAGCUAUCUUUAUAAAAGCCCCUUAAUGUAUAUAUAGCAACAGGUUUUGUAGUCUUCUUGGUCAGUUACACCUGAUUAGUUCUUUAAUCUAUAAUAACAGAUCUUUCUUAUGUUUCACAUUGCAGCUACCAUGGAUGAGACCAUCUAUUGGCGUCGUCUGCCCAAAGUUCCUGGCUGAGGAUGCAGCUAUUUUAAUAUCAGGGCUUUUACAGUUGGACCCAUGGAUGCGGCUGGGCUCCAGCGAGGAAGAUGCAGGUGAACUAAUGUUUCAUCAUUUCUUUCGAGGCAUUGACUGGCUGGCUUUGGUACAGAGAAAAUUGCAGCCCCCAUUCAUACCGGAGGAUGUUGGACUUUCCAACGAUGGACCCUGUUAUGAACAUCUACUUCUAACACCUCCCUCCGAGGGUUCCUUGGCAAUAAGAAAAGAGAUCGCCGAUGCCUUUGGAAACUUCGAUUAUUCCGCAAUAUAGAGCUGCGUGAUCAUCCUGCAACGCAAAAAUCAUUGCCAUCACCCGCGUUGACAGAAGAUUGGGGACACAUGAAAAACGGCACAUCAGGUCAUCUUGCUUUCUGUUUCUCUUCCAUCCAGAGCAAUUAGCGGUACCCCUCCUCCUUCCACCAUAGCUCCACCAGCGGUGCCCCAUCUCCUUCUACCGUAGUUCCACCGGCGGUGCCCUCCCUUCCUACUAAAAUAUAGCAUCAUAAACAGGAGCGCACUUAAGCCACUCGGUAAACCCUGCAUUCCUUUUCACUCCAACCCCAAGUGUGCAGAAGCCGGGUCUGCAGGCUGCUGGGGCUCCAAUGGAAUGAAACGGAAUGCAGCAUUCACCGAGCUGCUUAACGGUGCUCAUGUUUAAGCUGCCAUAUUGCUUACCGUAAUUCCACCUGCGGUGCCUCCCUUUCCACCUAAAAUAUGGUUUCAUGGGCAGAUGCACCUAAGCCACUCGGUAGUCCCUGCAUUCCAUUUCACUCAAUCCCUCAGUGUGCAGAAGCCGGGUCUGCAAGCUGUCUGGGCUGCCAGUUCUCCAAUGGAAUGGAAUGGAAUGCAGCAUUCACCUAGCAGCUUAAUGGCGCUCAUGCGUAUGCUGCCAUAUUGCUUUCUUUUUCUUUUCCUUCAUUCCAAAUCCACCAGCAGUUGUCCCUCUUAUAUAGUAUCAUAAACUGGAGCACCAUUUAGCCACUCGGUAGACUCUGCAUUCCUUUCAACUCCAUCCCUCAGUGUGCAAAUGCCGGGGUGUGCAGGCUGCCUGGGUUCAAUGGAAUGGAUUGGAAUGCAGCAUUCAUCUAGCUGCUAAACGGUGCUCAUGUUUACGUAGCCUUAUUGCUUUUUGUUUCCCUUCCUGCCACUGUAAUUCCACCAGCAGUCCCUCCCUUCCCAUCUUAAAUAUGGUUUCAUAGACAGAAGCCCCCUUAAGCCACAUGGUAGACCCUGCAUUUCUUUUCUCUCCAUCCCUCAGACUGCAAAAGCCGGGUCUGCAGGCUGCAAGGGACCAAAGAAAUGGAAUGCAGAGUUCACCUAGCAGCCUAAAGGCGCUCAUGUGUAUGCUGCCAUAUUACCAUCUGUUUCCCUUACCCUCUUUCUCUUGAUUAAAUAUGGCAAAUUGAUCCUGGGAGAAAAUCCGAUUGCCGUUAAGGAGUCAGGAAGGAAUUUUUCCCUCACAAAGGGUUUUUGCCUUCCUCUGGAUCAAAUAGCCCUAUUUAUCCUAUAAUAAUUAUUAAUAAAGCUGUGCGUUUCACAGAUUUAACCAUCA